CAGCCGAGGGUCAGGGGCAAGGCGCUGCCCCCGGGGCCUCAGCAUGGACCUGUGCCACCCAGACCCGGCGGCGCUGAGCAGCGGGGACUUGGAGGAGCUGCAGCGCAUCAGAUGGCACCGCGAGCAGCUGCUGGAAGACAUCCAGAAGCUAAAAGAGGAGAUCGAAGAAGUGUUUGCCCAGAUCGACUGCUUCAAGAGCGCACAGGAGAGCCGCCUGGCGCAGAAAGAGAGGGAGCUGAGCAUCGGGCGUAAGAAGUUCAACAUGGACCCGGUGAAGGGCAUCCAGUAUCUCACGGAGCACAAGCUGCUGACCCCAGAUGCCCAGGACAUCGCCCAGUUCCUGUUCAAGGGCGAGGGCCUCAACAAGACGGCCAUCGGCACCUACCUGGGGGAGAGGGACCCUCUCAACCUGCAGGUGCUCCAGGCCUUCGUAGACUGCCACGAGUUCGCCAACCUCAACCUCGUCCAGGCCCUCAGGCAGUUCCUGUGGAGCUUCCGCCUGCCCGGCGAGGCCCAGAAGAUCGACCGCAUGAUGGAGGCGUUCGCAGCCCGCUAUUGCCUCUGCAACCCGGGCGUCUUCCAGUCCACAGACACCUGCUACGUGCUGUCCUUCUCCGUCAUCAUGCUCAACACCAGCCUGCACAACCCCAACGUCCGCGACCGGCCGCCCUUCGAGCGCUUCGUGGCCAUGAACCGCGGCAUCAACGGGGGCAGCGACCUCCCCGAGGAGCAGCUGCGGAACCUCUUUGACAGCAUCAAGAGCGAGCCCUUCUCCAUCCCCGAGGACGACGGCGACGACCUCACUCACACCUUCUUCAACCCGGACCGCGAGGGCUGGCUGCUCAAGCUAGGGGGUCGUGUGAAGACCUGGAAGCGGCGCUGGUUCAUCCUGACCGACAGCUGCCUCUAUUACUUCGAGUUCACCACGGACAAGGAGCCGCGGGGAAUCAUACCCCUGGAGAACCUCUCAGUGCAGCCCGUGGACGACCCCAAGAAGCCAUUCUGCCUGGAGCUCUACAACCCCAGCUGCAGGGGCCAGAAAAUCAAAGCCUGCAAGACGGACGGGGACGGCAAGGUGGUGGAGGGCAAGCACCAGUCCUACCGGAUCUCGGCCUCCAGCGCCGAGGAGCGCGACCAGUGGAUCCGGGCCAUCCAGGCCAGCAUCACCCGCGUCCCCUUCUAUGACCUGGUCUCUGCUCGGAAGAAGAAGAUCGUCAGCAAGCAGUGAGCCUCCUGGGAGGCGGCGCUGGAGGCCAGUGUCCUGCGACCCGGUGCCCUGUGGUACCUGGAGCCCCACCUGCUACUCCUGGCCACUGAUGCUUCCUUCUCCCUGCACUGCCUAGAGCUGACUGUAGGGGGCGCACUGCUCAGGCGGGAGACCGGGAAGCCCAGAGGCACAGAGCCCACAGCCCCAGCGGCUGCCAGGGGGGACUCCCAGCCCACUACAGGGGAGAGCGAGGCCAGCAGCCCGAGGGGGCCAGCGCCUGCUUUCUUCUGGGCUUCCGUGUCCUCAGCUCCGAGCUGUCUGUCCUCAAAGCAGGAGGGGCGUGGGGUCCCUGAGCGCUUCCCGCCUCCAGCCAGCCCCUCCUCCCGCUCAGGACAUCUGCAGCAGCCCCUCCCUGCCCGAGCAAGGACCCAGACCCCGGGACAGGACCCAGGAGGCGCCAGGAGCCCAGCUGAGACGCGCCGUGCACCCUCGCCCAAGUCACUGCCACUUCUCUGGUUCUUCCAGAGUCUGGACUAGAAAGGCCGCGGCCCCUGCACUCUGUUCCCCGAGCGAGGCCAGCAGGAGGGGAGCAGAGCAGGCACCAUCCUCAAGGAUGUGCCCCUGGCGGGGAGAAGCAGACAGGAGCCAGCGAGGAAAUGACACAGUGUGUCCCCAACACAGACCGAACCCAAGCAAGGCAAGAUCCACAACCCAGCAGCCAGGAAAAGAGCCCUGUGGGCUGUGACUACCUGGAGGGCUGCCUGGAGGCAGUGGCCCAGCCAGCAAGUGUGACACAGGGCCUGUGGUUGGGAGGCAGAGACCCUCUCACAGCUUCCCUGCUGGCCCACUGGCCAGUGAUCCCAAGGUGGUGAGGGGUGGCCCGGGGUCCCGGCACCCUGAGACCCCCUGCAGCAGCAUUGUCAGAAUAGAGAGCGAGCUCCUUCCCCGGGGCAGGCAGCUCCGUCUGGGAGAGCGCCACCCGCAGGAGGCCCUGUGAACAGCUCCUUUCUCCUCCCCCACGGAGGCCUAGGGAAGCCUGGAGGGAAAUGCCAGGCCAGGGGGCAGGAGGCAGUAGCCUGAGUGGGCGAGUAGAGCGGGCGGAGCCCCGGGAGGAGAGCAGGUUACCAGGCAACCACAUGCACACACACACGCAUGCGCACUCCCAUGCAGAGACACACACAGAGACGUGCAUACAUGUGGAGAGACAGAGAUGCACACGCAGAGACACACGCAGUGAUACACACACACACACACUCUCCACGGGGCCAGGCUGGAGCAGGGCCUCGUGAGGGGUGAGAUCCCCAUGUCUAGAGGUGUGCAAGCCCCUCAUGCCACCGCCCCGGAGGACCGAGCUGGGCACCUGCAGGAGGAGCUCUUGCU